AUGAAACACUUGCUGCCACACACCAUAUCCGAUGAACAAUCAGCUUUUGUGGCCGGAGGACAGAUUCUUGAUGCAUCUCUAAUCGCCAACGAGCUUAUUGAGGAAUGGGAUAGACAACAAAAGAAGGGAGCGGUUAUUAAGCUGGAUAUAGAGAAGGCUUUCGAUAAGGUUGACUGGGAUUUUCUAGAUGAUUUACUCAAAGCUAAAGGAUUUGUGGUUGAUGUCUUUAGCCGCCUCAUGUCUCUAUCAGCUAGGAACAAUCACAUUAGGGGCUUUGAUCUUGGGGAGAACUCAUUGAACAUCCAACACCUACAAUUUGUUGAUGACACUAUCCUUUUCUCCACAUAUGACGAUUUCUCCCUCAAAAACCUAUUAAGUGUUAUUCGAUCAUUUGAAGAAGCAUCAAGGCUUAAUGUCAACAAACAGAAAUCUGAAAUUUUGGGAAUCAACCUAACCGACAUCAAGCACUUUACCAUAGCAGCAAUGUAUUCUGUAAAAAAGGAUCCUGGCCUACAUCCUACCUCGGUCUUCCCCUUCAUGGCAAGCCUAGAACUCUCUCUUUCUGGGACCCUAUGA